UGAUAAGUAUUCUGAGCAGCAAUUGGCGCUUUAACAUCUACAACAUGUCCCAUCAGAAUCCCUUUUGUUUUUGUUACAUGGUACAGUCAGUGUCAUAAUGGCGCUGGGGGGAUUUGGUAAAUGUUGUCGGUCGUUAUUACAUGAGUCCGCUAAAGGAGUAUUUUUUGGUAUUUUACAGCCAAGUUGGAUUGGAGGCUGCAUAGGAGCUAAGAGGCACCUGUUGUCAGACAAUGUUAUCAAACUCCAAGACUUUCAGCAGAGGAAGCUGGCUGUGGCUCAUCUUGUUACUGGAUCGGAAGGAAAUUAUAUUGAACUAUUCAAUGAGAAGCUACAAAGGAAGGAGCUGAUACUGAGAGAUGAGCUGAAGCUUCUGCUUCACCUGUGCCAGUCUGCAGAUGACAUGGUGAUAGCCAGAGAUGCCAUCUUUAGGUAUCAUGCAGAGAACAAAAACCUGGCGUACGGGGAGUUUAAGUUUGGUCCCCUUUUCAUGAGACUUUGCUAUGAGCAGGGUCUGGAGGAGAUGGCUGCUGCUACACUUACAGAUGAGAAGAUGAGAGGAUUUUUCAAUGAUGCAACAUCCUUUAACAUUGCCUUAGACAUGCUAUUCACAAAAGGCUCUUAUGAAAAUGCUCUGGAGGUACUGAGAAACAUGAGAAUCCAAGGUGUACCAUUCAACAAAGACACAAUGACACUGGCAACUGGUACCUGCUAUAAACUGAACACAGCGGAGUCCUUCGGGAUCUGCACAGCUCUACUAGAGGAGAGACAGACCAAAGGGCACUUCAUCCCUAGACAUGCUUACUGCUUUGCUGUAGCAUUAGCACUCAGGCAGAAUGACAUCAAAAAGGCACAGUCAUUGUUUUCACAAAUUGUGAGCACAGACAGCAGAUUAUGCCAAAAUUUAAAUGUUGUUAUAUUAGCGAUAUCAGGUGCUGUGACAGAUGCCACUGCCAUCCUGUCUGCAGCCAUGUUGCCUAAAAGCUCAUCUUUUGUGAAGAAGCCUGAAUUUUCUCAGGAAGUGGUGGAUUUGCUGCGCUUGCGAAGUGAGGGCCGGCCGCACAUGGUGAAAGUGGAACAGACAGUGAAUCAGCUUGAACAAGCCGGUCAGGUGAUUCAGCAGAGCCUCGAUGACAUGCUGUGCCACACACCUGCAGGGAGGAGGAAACUGGCACCAAUAAUGGAGGCGAGGAGGACCAGCCGAAGGACUCUGAGGCCACUACAGUCCACGCUGCUGUCAGAGUGAGGCAGUCUGUCUCGAGCGUUAGGGUUGUUGGUCAUUUAAACACACUAAAUGUGACUACAGCUGAUUUGGUUACAGCUACCUCUCCUUACACACAGACACAGUAACCUCUCUGCAGAUUGGACUUUAGCUUUUGACCCUUUUUUUGGUCUCUAUCUAAAAUUUGAUAGAAAAAGGUCACAGUCUGUGUUUGUGCAGCAGACACUUCAACAGAAAGCUGCUGAUAAAAUUACAGAGGAAACACCAUCUAAAUGGGUGGGCAUUUCCCUGCAAGAAUCUCAUAUAGAUCAUGAGUCAUUUUGGAAGAAUGUGUUGUUUGUAAAGGUAUGAAUGAGUGGUCAUACUUGAAUAUUAAAUAUUUAAUGG